AUGCCCGUGAGCACGCACGCUGUGUGUCAGCUCUGCCGCGCGUUCAACUCGCUGCUCGAGUCGCACUGCAAAGCCUGCGCGGCACCCUUAGCCUCUAUUACGUCCAAGCUCAAGGCUCUCUUGAAGCGCUUGGCCGUCGCCAAGAAGAACGGAUUUGAGAUCGACGACGGUCUUUUCUGCGACUGUUGCGACGCACACCAACCGAUGGAAGCGACAAUCUGCGGCGUCUGCGAGGAAGAGCUUCCAGACGACCACGAGAAGCUGUCCAUCCUCAUUCUACGCAUCGAGCAAGCAACCAAGUCCAAGGCCUAA